AUGAGGCCUCUGCCGAGCGGGAGUAGGAAGAACCGCGGCAUAUCCCUGGGGCUCCUCGCCCUCUGCCUGACCGCAGCCUGCUGUCUGCAAAGUCAGGGUGUGUCCCUGUACAUCCCCCAGUCGGCCAUCAAUGCCACGGUGGAGGAAGACAUCUUGCUCUCGGUUGAGUACUCCUGCCAUGGCGUCCCCACCAUUGAAUGGAAGUACACCUCCAACUGGGGCGCACAGAAGAUCGUGGAGUGGAAGCCGGGCACUCAGGCCAACAUCUCCCAGAGCCACAAGGACAGGCUCUGCACUUUCGACAACGGCUCCAUCCAGCUCUUCAGCGUGGGCGUGAGGGACUCGGGCUACUACAUCAUCACGGUGACGGAGCGCUUGGGGAGCAGUCAGUUUGGCACCAUCGUGCUGCACGUGUCGGAGAUCCUCUACGAAGACCUCCAUUUUGUGGCUGUCUUCCUUGCUUUGCUCGCUGCCGUGGCCGCGCUGUUAAUCAGCCUCAUGUGGGUUUGUAAUAAGUGUGCGUAUAAAUUCCAGAGGAAGAGAAGACACAAACUCAAAGAGAGCACCACUGAGGAGAUUGAGCUGCAAGAUGUGGAGUGUUAG